AUGGCCUCCAAGCUCAAGGAGCGGAGGAGGACGCCGGUUUCCCAUAAAGUGAUUGAGAAGCGGAGGAGGGACCGCAUCAACCGCUGCCUCACCGAGCUGGGGAAGACGGUGCCCAUGGCUCUGGCCAAGCAGAGCUCGGGGAAGCUGGAGAAAGCGGAGAUCCUGGAGAUGACGGUGCAGUACCUGCGGGCCCUGCACUCGGCGGACUUUCCCCGCGGCCGGGAGAAGGCAGAGCUGCUCUCCGAGUUCGCCAAUUACUUCCAUUAUGGCUACCACGAGUGCAUGAAGAACCUGGUCCACUACCUGACGACGGUGGAGAGGAUGGAGACCAAAGACACCAAGUACGCCCGCAUCCUGGCCUUUCUCCAGUCCAAAGCACGCUUCGUUACUGAGCCUCUCUUCACGUCCCUGGGCUCCCUCCCGGAGCCGGACUUUUCCUACCCGCUGCAUCCUGGGCCCGAGUGCCCCGGGCACGUCCACAGUCCCGCCGAGGGCGUGCUCCAGCCUCCCUCGGGGGGGCCAUUCCCCUGGCACGGCGCCGCCCGCAACCCCUCCCUGCCCUACCACUUGCCCAGCGCCGCCGUACCCCUCGCCAGCCCCGGCCAGCAGCGCAGCACUUUCCUCUCAUCCGUGCAGGGGCUGGACCGCCACUACCUCAACCUCCUCGGCCAUUCCCACCCCAACGCGUUCGGGCUGCCCCCGGGCCAGCACCCCUCCAUGCUAUAGAGACUCGUCCCGCCUGAAAACAAACACCUAUUUAUGACCGCGAACACUGCGAGUUACACCCGGGCGCACGGGGAGGCUGCCGGGGGCAGGGAGAUGAGCAGGGGUCCCGGCUGGCGAUGAGCCCCCGGGGCCCAGAUCUGCCCCCGCCCACUCCAGGGGCCUGAAGCUGCCCCCACCCGC